CGCCCCCACGGCGCGCCGGGCGAUCACGUGACGUCCGCGCGCGUCUCCGGCCGCUGCGGGUUCCGAGGCCGAGGAGAGAAGACUGCGAAGUGGUCGCAGCGGUGGCGGGAAAGACAAAGAAUGAACCAGCAGUGGAAGAGAAAAUACUACAGGCUGGUUGAUUGCUGGUGAAGAUGUUUUAUUUUUGUGGCAGGCAUCUGUGGGAUCUAUAACAGAAAUGAUGGCUGGCUGUGGUGAAAUUGAUCACUCAGUAAACAUGCUUCCUACCAACAGGAAAGCUGAGUCCUGUUCUAAUACUGCACCUUCUCUAGCUGUCCCUGAAUGUGCCAUUUGUUUGCAAACAUGUGUUCACCCAGUCAGUCUGCCUUGUAAGCAUGUUUUCUGCUAUCUGUGUGUAAAGGGAGCUUCAUGGCUUGGAAAGCGGUGUGCCCUCUGUCGACAAGAAAUUCCUGAGGAUUUCCUUGAGAAGCCAACCUUGUUGUCACCAGAAGAACUCAAGGCUGCAAGUAGAGGAAAUGGUGAAUAUGCGUGGUAUUAUGAAGGAAGAAAUGGAUGGUGGCAGUAUGAUGAGCGCACUAGUAGAGAGCUGGAAGAUGCUUUUUCCAAAGGUAAAAAGAGCACUGAAAUGCUAAUUGCUGGGUUUCUCUAUGUUGCUGAUCUUGAAAAUAUGGUUCAGUAUAGGAGAAAUGAACAUGGACGUCGCAGGAAGAUUAAACGGGAUAUCAUAGAUAUACCAAAGAAAGGAGUAGCUGGACUUAGGCUGGACUGUGACUCUAAUACUGUAAACCUAGCAAGAGAGAGCUCUGCUGAUGGAGCGGACAGUGUAUCAGCACAGAGUGGAGCUUCGGUUCAGCCUCUCAUGUCUUCUUCCGUAAGGCCCCUAACUUCAGUAGAUGGUCAGUUAACAAGCCCUGCAACACCAUCCCCUGAUGGAAGUACUUCUUUGGAAGACUCUCUUGCUCAUUUACAACUCAGUGGAGACAACAUUGCUGAAAGGAGCCAUAGGGGAGAAGGAGAAGAUCAUGACUCACCAUCUUCAGGCAGGGUACCAGCACCAGCCAUCUCCACUGAAGAAACCGAAUCAGAUGCCAGUAGUGAUAGUGAGGAUGUAUCUGCGCUUGUUGCACAGCACUCCUUGACCCAACAGAGACUUUUGGUUUCUAAUGCAAACCAGACAGUAGCUGAUCGAUCAGAUCAUUCAGGAACCGAUCGAUCGGCAGCAGGGGGUACAACAGUGAGUGUCAGUGUCAGAUCCAGAAGGCCUGAUGGACAGUGCACAGUAACUGAAGUUUAAAUAGUCUUUGGCCCCAUGCACAAGGUUGAAAUGAUUAUUUGUAAAUUUCUGCCCACAUAACAUUAUACUCAUCCCUAGUAGUGCAUUUUGGGAGAGGGGGUGGGAAGGGGUGUGGACAAGAUAGACCUGUAAUUAAAAUGUCUAACAUAUCUCUGUUAAGAAAUUUAUUUAAUGUAUGGCUCUUGGGUGUUAAUAGUUGAGAGCUGUUUAGUAAUAACCCAGUUUUCUUGCAGUCUGUUUAUUUUAUAAGAUUUUUUAAAAAUUUUCUUCGGUUCUUUUGGCCAGUGUGUGUAUUAUCCGUGCGUUAAUGGUCCUCAUCUGACUUGCAUUGUGUCUUAUUUUUCUGCAUGGAUUGACAUAAAAUCAUUACUAAAAUUUGGCAUCUAUGAGAUACUUGGUAAGUUAUGAGCAGGAAGCUUAAUUUAAUGGGAGAAUAGAUGUGAAUUUGGGAAUUUAAAAGUAGAUGAAUAAUACCCAUUUUAUACUAAAGUUACUGAAAUGGAAAUGUAAAGAAAACAGCUAAUAACUUACGUUUCAGAAUUUUGUCAGUAACACUUCAUGGAGUUUUCAUAGGCUUUGCUGUCUAGUCCUUUUGUAGUUUUGAGGUUUCUCUUGAUCUGCAUUUUCUUUUUGAUUACAGAAUUUAUAAUUUAAUAAAUACAAGUUUAUCAAAAAUAAUUUGUCUCUUAUUUGAGUCUGAAAAGGGAAUGGAAACAUUUGGAUGUUGUAGACCAGGCUCACUAAAAAUAGUGUGCUGAUUUGAAUUGGUGGUGUUCUACUUAAAUAGUCAGCUGCUCGGAAAAGUAUUAUUUCUUCAUAGAGAAUAUUUACUAUAAUCUACAGGCAGUAUUUGCAGAGUAAAUAUGUAUGGAAAUAAACUAAAGCCUUAAAAACCUUAAGGACGUAAAUUUCAUAGCUGGUAGUAGAGGCAAGAAAUGUCUUACAUUUUCAUUAUUAGUCUUUGUUGGUGGUUUAACACUAACCUGGAUUAAAUGGUAGACUUAUUUAUAAAAACCAUUAAAGGACACAAAUUCACUUUACAUAAAAUGUUACAGAUUACAAAAUCCACUUUUAUUUGGUAGUUUUUAUAAUCUGUGGGAAAGUAAGAAGAAGUGUUGGGUUAGCCUGGUAAUGUAGAAUAUGGACUCUCAAAAAAAUAACGUUUGUCUUAUUUUCCUAACUAAAAACAGUAGGAUCAUGUUGAUUGCAUUCUUUUCAAGUUCUUAUGCAAGUUCUUUUCAAUUUAAUUUUCAAAUGUGAAGUGAAUGUUAUAAUAGCAAAUAAAGACUGUCCCUACUUUGAAAUAAUCUU